GGGGUUGAAUGACCCUGUCGCGUGACCGUUAGGCUACUAACAGUUUUCACUUGUCAUUGAGCAUGGACUGAGGCGCGCUGCUAUUUGAAGAUAGCACGACUAUCGUUUCAUCGACUUGUCAUUUAUUUUAAACACUGCUAUUUACUUAAUAGCACUUGUUCCGUACAGAUUUCCCUCAUUACUCAGAAGAGCGAUAUUCAAACUGGGAUGGCGGAGGCUCAGGCCUUUGUGACCCUGGCCACCACAGAUGCCUAUAGCAUGGGAUGUUUAGUGGUAGGCAAAAGUUUGCGCAGGCAUGGAACAUCAAGGAAGUUAGUGGCUAUGGUUUCCCCCAACGUUUCCAGAGCAUCAAGAUUGGCCCUGGAGGACGUGUUUGAUGAAGUUGUAGUGGUAGAUGUUUUGGACAGUAGAGACAAGACUCAUCUCACCUUGCUGCGACGUCCUGAACUGGGGGUCACCUUCACCAAACUCCACUGCUGGACCCUUACACAGUACAGCAAGUGUGUGUUCUUGGAUGCAGACACACUUGUACUGUGUAAUGUUGACGAGCUGUUUGAAUAUGAAGAAUUGUCUGCUGCACCAGAUCCAGGCUGGCCGGAUUGCUUCAACUCUGGGGUAUUUGUGUUUAGGCCCUCCCUGAAUACCCAUACCCAAAUACUGGAACACGCUGCACAGCACGGCAGCUUUGAUGGAGGAGACCAGGGCAUAUUAAACACUUUCUUCAGUGACUGGGCAGUGAAAGAUAUCAGAAAGCAUUUACCAUUUGUGUACAACCUCACAGCCGCUGCCGUUUACACAUAUCUACCAGCAUUUCAGCAGUAUGGCCACCAUGCAAAAAUUGUCCACUUCCUGGGUGGGACUAAGCCCUGGCACCUUUCAUAUGAUCCACAGGCUGCCAGUGAGUCAUCUUUAUGCGAUUCCAGCAAGAACUUUCCACAAUUUAUGAAUUUAUGGUGGGUGGAGUACUACAGUCAAAGACAGCUACAAUUUAAGAAGGAUGACAAGAAUGAAGACUAUUCAGUGCAGCAGUCUGUUUCUCCACAGACACAUCAGACUCCAUCACAAAGCCAAAAGAGCAGCACUGAAGCCCACCACAGAGAGAUGAUGAUGCCCUCUCUACCUCUGGCUUUGGACUCACUAACAAUCAGCUCUAGCUCAUCUGAAGAGUCCGAGGAAUCGAAUAUUCUCUUUGAUGUCCUGUCUGAUGGGGAGACUGAAGAGACUCCUGCAGUCAGCCCUCCAUCUGAGCACACAGAACCAGAGAGUACUGAUGAUUCUGCCACAGCCACUGGAGAAGCUGCUGCUGUUGUGACAGAAAUGGAUGACCUGGAGCAUCGACGUAUGUGGGAGGAAGGUCGCGCUGAUUAUAUGGGUAAAGAUGCCUUUAACAACAUCAUGAGGAAACUUGACCUGUUCCUCGAUUAAUUUUGUGUGUAAGUGUUUGAUGUGUGUUUAUGAGAUUAUAUAAAAUAUUAUCUCUAUAUAGUUUUGUUUUUACUGUAUAUCCGUCAUCGUCACAGCCGUUACAUUUUUCCCUCCUUAGAUAUAGCUGUUUUUCUACCUCUGUUGUGUAUUUGCCACAAUCACUGGAUCAUAUCAAAAAUACUCUGAAAAAUGUCUCAUAUAUAAAUGUAAACAUCUAGAUCAGGGGUGUCAAACUCAAUUCCUGGAGGGUCGGAGCCUUGCAGAGUUUAGUUUCAACCCUAAUUAAACACACCUGAUCCAACUUAUCAAGUCUUUCAGGCUAAUUUGAAAACUAAAUAUGUGCAGUAUGUGUAGGUGUGUUGGAGAGGGUUGGAACAAAACUCUGCAGGGCUCUGGUUCUCUGGGAAUUGAGUUUGACACCCCUGAUCUAGAUGAAAAAAUCUAGUAAUUCAGUUUGUGUAUUAUGAACCUACACGUGAUAAGAUCUGUCUGUAUGAUUUAGCCUUUGUUGUGAUCUUUUGUUUGCAGUUUUCCUAAAGAACUGAGUGUAAAUAUGCUCUAUAGCUGUUAAGGGAGGCAUUUGACUUACUGUUUCAAAUCAAUUAUUUUAGAAUUAAUCAGUUAUUAUUAAAUCAUGAGAAAAGAACUGAAAGAAUGAUUUAGUAUUUAUUGUCAAUGUCCAACAAAAAUCAUGUAAAAAGAAGAGGAAAUGUGCUUUAACAAUGGUUUUCAAAAUGUCUUUCUUUUUAGUGCACAACAGCAAAAUUGCCAUUUCUUGCCACUAGAGGUCAGUCUAUAAACUCUCUCUAGCUUUAACACCUCCACAAACUCCACUGGCAGAGCAUAACAGUUGGAGUUUGAAAAGCUUUAAAAGACGAUGAAAUACAAUCAUAAAGGUAUUAUACCUCAGAGUUUUAUAAAACAUAUUUAUCUCUCUCCAGAGAUGCUUAACACAACCCUGUCUCCAAAUGUUAUCUGCCAGACACCACAAACUUUUAUAGUAAGCAAACUUAGUGGCCAGACAAAGUCAAAACCAGUUCUAUGAUGGAAUCUUGUUUUUAAACCCUUGUUCCACAUGUUUUAAUAUUACAUCCAUGUAUUACCCUCUGGCUCUGCCUUGUUAACAUGACAGCUCUUUGAAGUCAUGAACUAUUUAUGCUUAUGUUACUCUGUCAAUUAGAGAACAUCUUUAAUUUGAUUUGGUUCAAUAAAUCAUGCAAUUCUUGGUAUAUAGAGGUCCUCCCUUCUGAAAGAUCUCUCUCUCUCUUUAUAUGCUCUAAACUGAGCACAAGAGAGGUCUAAGUGAAAUCUAAAUGUGUAUUUUAACCAUACUUUUAUGUCCAUCAACAUAUGGACCUGGACAAAAACUCUUUCACUAUGACUCUUUUUAAUAGUUCAGCAAUCUGAAGACUACCUGUGCUGUGUCUCACAGUCUGGUACAUACCCAUGUACCACGAAACGAAGUAAACAGUGCUGCCAUAA